CGCACUCCGCAGUCCGCAGUGUUAGUGGCGAGCUGCUCUCUGACGGUAACUCGUCGGCCAAUAUUUUUCGAUUAUUAUUAUUAUUAUUAUUAUUACUAUUAUUACUAUUAUUAUUAUUAUUAUUUUCUGCGUACGUCACAUACUUUUCUGCACGCCGUCGUCGUCCCCGCACGACUUUCUGUGGCGCGUUAACAUCGAUAUCGACUCGCAUUAUUAUAAUAAUAAUUAAUAAUAUCGUUAAUGUUAUUAUCGUUGUUCCGGGUGUGUACCAGUUACGGUUUUCCGCGCGGCGUUUGUGAUUUCGCGAUGCACACAAUGUGACGGGGCCCGGAGACUAGGCGAUAUGUGCAGUGCGUGUUACCGCAGAUUUGAUUGAAUUAUUCGGUUUGGCCACGAAUUGUGUCCCGAACGAAAAGCGCGACGUGACACAACCAUGUCGGCCGACGCCAAGUGCCCGUUGAGCAUCGUAGACAUGCUGCUCAACGAUACGUCGACGUUGGACGUCUUCGACAAGCCGGCUGCUGAUGACGACACCGACAGAGUCGUGAACUGGGACCUGGAGAACGACAAUUUCCUCGAUUCUCUGUUGAAAAUGGAAAACGACUCGACGCCAUUUGAGUUUUUGUCCAGCAAUGAUGACUUCAUGUCGAGCGCGGCCACUACGCCAAGAUCCUACGACAACGCCGAGAGCAGUUCAUGUUCAGACAGCGGACUUUCAUCUGUGGAUAAUAUACCAUUCAAUCCAUUCAAUCCAAUAUCAGAAUCUUCUAAGUCUGAUGAUGUCAAACCUAAUAUGGAAUUUGCAUAUGAUUCUUUCGUCAAAGAGGAAAUAAUAGAUAUUGAUGACGAAGAAGAAAUUGAUGAAGAUGAUAAUAAACUAGAAGAUGAUGAAGAAGAUGACCAUAAAGAUAAUAUUAGUUUAGAAGAAAAACCUACUAUCAUUCAAAAACCACAAUUAUUGAAAACUACACCUCGCACAGUAGUGAUAUCACCAAAACAGUCUAAAGGACCAAUUGCUAUUUCUAAACAUGUGUCAAAACCUGUUUUUAUACCAAUAAAUUUAUCAAACGUCAAAACAAUUAAGGUGGUUAAUCAGAAUGGUAAAACAAUUAAUGCUGAUGCAUUCAGACGAUUACAGUCUAUAAACAAUGGAAGAAGAAUAUUUGUGAGGAAUAAUGGUUCUAUGGUCUCAAAAUCCAUGCCUGCUUUAAAACAGACCAAAAUUGUGAUGUCUGACUGUACAAGCGAUGAGUCUGAUUCUAUGUAUCCACGGCUUCAUUUAUCAAAUGAAGAAAGAAAAUUAAUGGAGAAAGAAGGAAUUAAAUUACCAUCACAUUAUCCUCUUACAAAGCAUGAAGAAAGAGAUUUGAAGCGAAUUCGUCGUAAAAUAAGAAAUAAAAUAUCUGCACAAGAUUCAAGAAAACGAAAGAAGGAAUAUGUUGAUGGUCUUGAAGAAAGAGUUAAACAGUGUUCUGAUGAUAAUAACAAGCUUAUAAGAAAUAUACGCUCGCUUCAGACUGAAAAUGAAAGAUUAAGAGCAGCUUUAAAACGUUUACAAAAUGCUAUCUCUCCAGGAGGUACAACAGCACAACCUGCCACAUGUCUGUUGGUUCUUAUGAUGUCAUUAGCUUUAAUAGCAGCACCUAAUUUGAGGCCCACAGUAACUGAUGAAAAAGACAUAAUGUCCAUAGAAGGUCAAGAGUCUAAUACAGCGGUUCCAGGUCGAUCAAGAAACUUGUUAUUCUCUAAGUCAGGAUCACCUCUGAGCACUACUAAUUUGAAGGAUAUGCUAAACAUGGUCGCAAAUGGAUCAUCAGCUGAUGGACAAAGUGAUACUAUUAUGGCUGAACUUGGCGAGCUAUUGGAUUUUAAUGGUUUGACCCGCAAUAAAGAUCAUGAUUAUUCGAGAACAACAAUGGAAGAUUAUUAUAUACCCGAGUCUGAUGAUGGCUGGACCAAAGCUACAAAACGCUCUGCUCCAUCUGAGUGGAUCAAUGAAUUGGUAACACCAGAUGUUAAGAAUAAACGAGAUACAGAGCCUGUGAUUCUUGUGUCUAGCGAUGAGGAAUCUUAUUAAAUGAGAAAAGAAAUUGUAUUGGUGAGCGCAACAAGAGUUCUUUACUGUAUGUCAUUGCUAUACCACUGAUUGCUUUAGUGGCAUAACGAUAUUUCGAUUCCAUUUUUAUUUUGUUUCUUUAAAGGUA